AUGCUUACGGGAGCAGAUACCGUCAAAGAAGCAAGAAUCAUACGCGAUGAGGUGAUUGAAUUAUUACGAGAAGGAGGUUUCGAACUAGAUAAAUGGGCAUCCAAUUGUCCCAGCUUGCUCGAGGGCCUAGGCAAUCAAAACGAUAAAUUAAUUACAAUUAGCAAUGAGAUCGAAGCUUGCAUUCUCGGUGUUCAAUGGAAUCGAAUCGAAGACACCUUCCACUUUCAUUGUGAACCCGCGUCGGCUUCUACAAUUUCCAAACGCAGCAUUGUAUCCGAAACCACGAGAAUAUUUGAUCCAUUAGGAUUGUUGGGCCCAGUCAUCGUUAUCGCCAAGCUCAUUGUUCAGGAGUUGUGGCAGAUAGGUAUUCAAUGGGGUGAAUCUGUCCCUCCAGACAUUCAUACGCGCUGGACCAUGUUCAGAUCACAAUUGGUGGUUCUCAAUCAGCUGGAGAUUCCUCGCGCGGUCAAGUUUGAUUCCAACUCGCGGUCGAUGCAAAUACAUGGGUUUAGUGACUCUAGCCAAAGGGCAUAUGAUGCUUGUGUGUACCUCCGCACGAAGUUAAGGCCACAUGAGUAUCGAAUAGAAUUAUUGUGUUCCAGGUCAAAAGUCGCUCCGCUUAAGGCGGUGUCUCUACCACGGCUUGAGUUGUGCGCAGCUUUGCUAUUAGCUCGUCUCAUGUCAAAGGUUGGUGAAGCAAUACAGUUGGAGCAUUCGAGGAGGUUUUGUUGGUCAGAUUCCAUGAUCACACUCAAUUGGAUAGGCUCGCCAUUUCGGAAGUGGACACCUUUCAUGGCAAAUAGAGUUGGCGAGAUACAGCGACUCACGGAUUUCAAAGACUGGCGCCAUGUCAGCUUAUCAAAUAACCCCGCCGAUGUUCUGUCGCGUGGACUAAAUCCCAACGAAUUAAUCAAUAAUGCUUCGUGGUGGCACGGACCCUCUUUUUUGCGACACAACGAUGACCUAUGGCCGGGCGGAAACAUCAUUCAACCACGGGAGAAUCUACUAGAGUUGAGGAUG